AUGGUCUACGUUCGACAACAAGAUCUGCCGAAUCUUAAGCAGUAUAAAUACUCCGGCGUCGACCACUCGCUGCUGUCGCGCUACGUGCUGAAACCCUUUUACACCAACGUCGUCAUAAAAUGCUUCCCCAUGUGGAUGGCCCCGAACUUGAUUACGCUUACCGGGUUCAGUUUUGUGGUUAUCAAUAUUCUGACGCUGUUGUGGUAUAAUCCGACGCUGGAUCAGGAUUGCCCGCCUUGGGUGUAUGUCAGUUGGUCGAUUGGAUUGUUUUUGUAUCAGACCUUUGAUGCUGUUGAUGGAUCCCAGGCGCGACGAACUCAUCAGAGUGGACCCCUUGGAGAACUCUUCGACCACGGUGUCGACGCUGUCAAUACUUCCCUGGAAGUUCUCGUCUUUGCAGCCUCACAGAAUCUGGGAAUGGGAUGGAAGACUGUCCUGGUCUUGUUCGGAGCCUCCCUGACCUUCUACAUACAAACCUGGGAUGAAUACCACACCAAGACUCUCACACUGGGCCUCAUCUCUGGCCCCGUCGAAGGCAUCGUCAUCCUGACCUUGGUCUACGCAUUCACAGCUAUCAAGGGUGGAGCCAGCUUCUGGCAACAAGGCAUGCUCGAGACAGCCGGUAUUCCCCAUUAUGCUUUCAUCCCGAACUACAUCUACAACCUCGCGUUCAAUGAAUGGUACAUGGUGCAAGGAGGCAGCGUCCUCGUCCUCAACACUGUUCAAUCUGCCAUCAACGUAAUCAAAGUCCGCCGCGAGCGCGGUGACAAAUCCCGUGGCGCUCUCCUCGGACUGGUCCCCUUUUUCGUAACCUGGACCCUGAUCCCUGCCUACCUCUGGCUCAACCCCGAGAUCCUCUACAACCACCUAGUCCCCUUCGUCUUCUUUGCUGGCCUCGUCAAUGCGUACUCAGUUGGCCAAAUGAUCACUGCACACCUAGUCAAACUUCCCUUCCCUUACUACAACGUGUUGGUCCUGCCCAUUGCGUACGGAGUGUUUGACUCGCUUGGCCCGUUCUUGCAGCAACAUAUCGGAAUCGGAUGGCCGAGUGCGUUGGGUAGUGGGGUGUAUCAGGUCGCGUACGUGUUUUCGAUGCUGGGGGUGGCUGUUGGGGUUUAUGGGAGCUUUGUUGUGGAUGUCAUCGUCACGAUUUGUGACUAUCUAGACAUAUGGUGCUUGACGAUCAAGCACCCCUGGAACGAGGAAGAGGAGGCUAAGAAACUGAAAUAG